CAGCUGACAGUGAGAGUGGGUGAGCAGGUUGGAGUGUGAAGAGUGUGAUUGCGGUUAUUCUCAGGCUACAAUGAGUUUGAUCAGAAUGGGAGCAACGGAAUGCAGUGCCAGCCAGCUCGGUCCGUGGCGCAGAGAGACCUUGAACGACGCAGCUGUGGUCCAGUCUUUGAAAGGUUGCAGAGAAGGCGAGAGAUGAGUUUUUUUAUAUUUACACAUAGUCUGAGUCUUGUUUGUCGUUUUGACAGAAGAAAUACAAUUCAGUAAUCUAACCCAUUGCUCGAAUAAUGCCCGUAUAUCCGUUUUAAUUCGGUUUUCCAAUAAUGCUUUAAAUGAUAUUGGAAGAAAUUGUCGGAUCAUUGAGCUUGUCUCGAACACUGGUUAUUAUUUUCUGUCAGGGAUCUUCCAUUCUCUCCUUUAGGAAUCUCCAGCUUUCAGAUUCCUUCCGUCAGACAGGGAGCACACAGACUAUUUCUUGCUCUCCUACUGAUUGUUGAAAACUCCCGGAACCAGGUUUCACUUUUCGAAUGUCAUGCCCACACCUCGCCAGUCCCUCCUCCUAUGUACAAGCGGCCGCUCAGGCAGUGACAGCUCCGAGCACAGGCCAACCUCGCUCUAUCACACGCACAGAUAUAAGCAGACAUUCGCACAGGACUCGACACUUUAGGAAAUCGCCUCUCAUUCAGUGAAAAAGGGACUGUUUUGGGAGUUGAAACCAGAUCCAGUCGUGAUCAGAUUCUUCCGAUCAGAGUUUUCCCCUCGCUUGGUGCAGCAUGGCUCUGGCGAGAAUUUGGAGACUCUGGAUGGUGCUGGUCUUUGUAUCCGGGAGCCUGAGUCUGGGCUGUGAGAGGCUGCAGUUACAGCAAGUUCUCAACACAGAGACUCUGUGCAAACUGCAUGAAAUGGGAGGUCAUUUUCCGCGACAUUGUAUAAGGCAGAGGUUCUCACUGAAAACUAAGCCCUUGGAUCUGGUGAAACUUUCGGACGGAUUCGAGACUCAGGAAAGGAUUGCGAUUAUCCAUCAAACCCUGCAUCACAUCAACAAGAUCUACAGCAUGAACUUGGGUUCAGUCACUUGGGCCUGGGACAAGGUGGAAAAUUUUCGUCUUCUCCUCGAACAACAGCUCAGAGAGUUUCAAGACUGCAUGAAGAAAUCAGGAUCUGACCACAAGUUGAAGAGAAAUGCUGCCAUUCAACAUUACUUCAGGAACCUGGAAAAGUUUCUCAAACACAAGAAAUUCAGUGACUGUUCCUGGGAAAUAAUCCGUGCUGAGACCAGAGCCCGUUUACAACAGUUGCAUUUCAUUAUGGCACAAGUCAGCAGAAGAAACUGAAAAGAACAUAUUUACUGCAGACCAGAACAAUGAAUAUUUAUUUCAAAGACUUUCCAUUGAAACUAUUUAUUGAUGUUUGUAAGGAUUCUUUUUCUCAUUUGUAGCAAUAGCAACAACGGGAGUGUUGCCAGGACUAUUUAUUUUAAUUCACUGAUAUGUAUUGUUGUGAUGUUUUCUCCCGAUGCAAUGUUGAAGUUUCACUGUGUGUGAAGUCUGUUUUGGAAUAUCAGACUUCCACUUCAGUGAGAUCUGAACCACAUUGACCUUGUCACUUGUGAACUCUUAUUGGCCAAACUUGAAACCCAUCUCAGUUACUCUAAUUUAUUCAUAUUUAUUGACGUGAAGUCUUAAUUUAUUGAAAUGCUACAGUUUAUGCAAUAUGUCAAGUAACUUAAAGAUGUUAAUUUAUUGCUAUUUAUUUGUACGUUGGGGAGUAAACUGUUUUUUAAGCUGGGAAUUUUUAUACUGGAAAAGAACUCAUUUAUAUAAAUAAAUUCGUUUUAACAUUACACAUUUACUAAUUUGAUGUUUAUUUUUGAUUUCUCUCAUUUAACCUUUCGACACGGGGUAUAAAUGCUAUUGAUAUUUCUGUCUUCAGUCUGUUACUCUUGGUGCUCGUCAUCUCCAAUGUUCAUUUUGAACUCACGAUUUGCCCUCACUCCUGAGACCUAUAAAUCCUUUUUCAAUUCCACUGGUCUGAUUUUUGCUGUGUUACGAUUCUUUCGUUGAAUUUUGUAUUCCGGUUCAGCAGCAAAAAUGGACAAAGUUUGUGAUGCUGGGCAGGAAAGGGGAAAACCGGUUGCACGGAGAGAUAAGUGGAAUGGGAGAGUUGAUGUGAAGUUAGAAUAAUGGUUGUAAGAAUACCAGCCG